UGCGCCGAUCUCUCACCCAUAUUCGGCAACUCUCCUUGCGCUACGGGUCUGGUGGAGUCUUAGGAGGCGAAGAAGAAGAGAAAACCGCUUAAAAAAAGCAGUAGAGCCACUUUCAUGGGUUCCCGUCCAUCCAUCCAUCCACCCAGAGACAGGGGCAUGAGAUAGUUGUCGUCGAAAACCUUUGUAGUGAUACUCAUUUCCAACUAUUCUGCAGAAAAACAGGGGAAGAAGAUCCUGGGGCUUGUCCCGUUUCUUCUGGACGACUAGGUGGUUUUUUUUUCCUGAAGCUGAAUCCCUCGAGGACGGAUGGUGAAAAAUAGAUGACCGGGUCUGCCAGACACUCCAAACCCAGCUCUCAAAGUCCUUGAUAAUACGGAUUCUCGUUCUUGGUGGUCCUUCUUCUCUUCUUCUUCAUGGAACGGCCAUUGCUGGCCUUAAUCUUUGUGUUCUUGGAGAUCAUAGGAUCUUCUUCGCAGGAUCUUUCGACUGUGCCAGUCUUUCCUCCCCCUCCUCCAUCACUGCCCUCUCCGCCCCCUCCACCGCCCCCACCUCCUUCUCCUUCUCCUCCUCCUCCUCCUCCUCCUCCUCCUCCUCCUCCUCCUCCUUCCUUGUCGCCGCCUCCACCGCCGCUAUCAGCCCCACGGCCUCCACCACCACCACCACCUCGACAGCCGCAAGCCCCUCAUGGAGCGGUCAACUCCACCACAGGCGCAGUUUCAGGUUCUACAAAUUCUAGGUCUGCGCCUCCACCUCCUCGGCGUCACCAAUCUCCUCCUCACCGUAAUGGACGGCAACCCAAUGGGACUGGAAAGGCCCCUAUACGGAAGAUCAAUCUGGGGAAGAAGAUCGGGCUGUUGUUUGCUGGGAUCGCCUCGAUAUUGCAGGUCGCUGUCCUGGGAUUUCUAGUUCUAAAGAGACGGGAGAUUUCAAAAAUUAAGGACACACAGUGACACUUGAAUCUCCUUGUUGGUUGCUUUGGGAGAAUCCAAACUCUCUCUUGUUAUUCUCCUCCUUGGUGGGAGUGGGACGGUCGCGAACUGCAGAGGCGUUCGAGUUUGAUCCAUUGAUUGGGAUUCUUUUGGUGAUUUAGGUGCGAAUGGAGAAGGAUAUGUAUAAACGAGCAGCUCUCCAUUCUGUAAAUUGGUAAAAUAUGCGGCAUUUUCCCUCAUUUUGUUAUCUGUUUCUUUUCCUUCCCCACACCCCCAACUUUUCCCCGUUUUUCUACAUGAUUGGUAAUUCAAGGCAGAACAGAGAUUUCUCUCUUCUUCA